AUGAAUUAUCUGUCUCUUAAUGUCUGGGGUAUGGGUUCGGUUUCGAAAUCUGGGUGGGUCAGUGGCUUAAGGAAGGAGUACAAGAUCAAUUUCAUUGCCAUUCAGGAGUCCCAGGUCGAGGAAGUACGUUUUGAUUUUGCUGCUAAUUUUUGGGGAGAUUCUAACUUUUCCUUGGAGUCGGUGGGUGCUACGGGUAGGUCUAGGGGCUUGGUUUGCAUGUGGGAUCCUAAAGUUUUUCGGGUUCAAGGGGUUACUAAAAACAGGAAUUUUUUGCUGCUCAACGGGAUUAUACUGGGGAAUAAUCAGCCUGUUAAUGUUAUAAAUAUUUACGCCCCUCACAGGGCUGGGGAUAAAAAACGCUUUGGUAUAGUUUGGCGGAGUGGUCUUGUUGAGUAUAGCAUGAAAGGACGGCGUUUCACUUUUCUCGCUCCGAAUUCUAAUAAACUUAGCAAAAUCGACAGGGUUUUGGUGUGCAAAGAUUUUUUUGGUGCUUCGCCGGAGGCGUGUCUUAGGGCGUUGCCAAGAUUACAUUCUGAUCACUGUCCAGUUAUCCUUGAAACUUCUCGUAUUAAUUUUGGGGCUAAACCUUUUAGGUUUUUCAACUCUUGGCUCCAAAAGGAAGAUUUUGAUAAUUUGGUGGAAAAAGCGAUGGAUUCUUAUGUCAAGGUGGGGGGAAGGCCUGAUGUGGUUCUGGCUAACAAAUUUAAACAUUUAAGGAAUAUUAUUAAAGAUUGGAGGAAUGAGAGGUGUGCCAAAGAUAAAGAAGAUGAUAUAAGGGAUAAAGAAGAGCUGGAGCAAUUAGAUAAACUGUGCGAAGAAAGGGAGUUAUCUGAAGAAGAGGUUUUGUGA